AUGGUUUUAUCCCUCGCCUAUCUCCUUUUCGAAAACACCGUCGGGCUGAAGAUUCACGAAUGGCAGCAAGCCCGCAAGCCCCGUAGACAGCCCCGAUACGAACCUCUUCUCCUCGAGCAUGAAAUCCGCUUGCUCAUUAUUGAACCCGGGAAAGGCGAGGAGAAGAUUUCUUGUGAGCUGCGACAUGUGUGUCUGACAGAUGGUCCACAGUUCGAGGCGUUGUCAUAUGUUUGGGGAGACAGCCGCGAGCAGAGAGAUAUCAUCUGCGGGGGCUCGGAGGUCGACAUUGGGAUCAAUCUUUUCGAGGCACUGGAGGGCCUCAGACUUCCGGAUCGUGAGCGAGUACUCUGGAUCGAUGCUCUAGGUAUCAAUCAAGCCGACAUUAAAGAACGAACGCAUCAAGUACUGCAGAUAGGAGAUGUUUACUCGACUGCGCAACGAGUUUUGAUCUGGCUGGGCAAAGAGACGGAUGCCAAUCGCGGAGCGUUCAAGAUGAUCCUAUCCGAGUCUUCGACGCUGUUGAUUUCCGGGCAAAUACGGACGGAGCCUAUUGCAGAGCUGCUUCGCCAUUCUUGGUUUCGGCGCAUAUGGGUCACUCAAGAGCUGGCGAGUGCUCGAAGC